UCGAUACGAGGAUUUCUUCUGUCAUCGGUUUGUGUUCACUUCGAUCUUCGUUAACAUUUCCAUUCCUCAGGGAGUCGCUCGAAAUUCCUCAAAAAUGAAGAAUCCCAAGGUUUUCUUCGAUAUAUUGAUUGGAAAGACAAAAGCCGGUCGUGUAGUAAUGGAGCUGUUUGCUGACACCACACCAAAAACAGCCGAGAACUUCCGCGCCCUAUGCACAGGAGAAAAAGGGAUCGGAGCUUCCGGGAAGCCCCUACAUUACAAGGGGUCGAAAUUUCAUCGUAUAAUUCCUAGUUUCAUGUGUCAAGGCGGCGACUUCACUAGAGGCAACGGCACCGGAGGAGAAUCAAUAUACGGGGCGAAAUUUGACGACGAGAAUUUCAACCUGAAACAUACGGAACCCGGCCUCCUAUCCAUGGCGAAUUCGGGACCAAGCACGAAUGGAUCACAAUUUUUCAUAACUACGGUGAAGACCCCUUGGCUCGACGGCAAACAUGUGGUGUUUGGGAAAGUUGUCGACGGCUAUAGCGUAGUGAAGGAGAUGGAGCGAGUUGGUUCCUCGGCGGGAUCCACUUCAGUCCCCGUUGUGAUCGAAGAGUCAGGUCAGAUAUCGGAGAAUUAAUGAACCACGGAUGAAUAAUGUUGAUUUUGAUUACAAAACUGAAAUCGAACAAACCUUUUGUUGUUCUACACAUUUGUUAUGGUUGUGAAUUUUGAUUUGUUGGGUUGAUUAUUAAGUACUGUGAUGUAACGUGUCCGGAAGAUGACAUGUCCGGCGCCUACGCCACGUCCGUGUUGAGGCCCAGACUAGCCGUCCCCUGUGUGCAACACGCUCGGGAUAUACUAUACAGUAUAAGAGAAUUUUGCGGAACACGUACCUGUACCAAGAUAUGGGUCAUUAGUCGGCCGUACAAGAUAGGGGUUUGCACAUAUGGGACGGACUAUGGACGAAAGCCAGGAGCAAGAAUGUCAGCCCGUGACGGUAAGCUCUAUUCUACCUCAUAUUUUUAUGUUUUGUUUCAUCUUUUUUGUUUUCUAUUUUUUUUUUCUCUAAACAAGUUAUAUACUCUAUUCAUCCUAUUUAGAGCAUU